AUGAGUUGCCUGCUGUACAACAAACGGAGCAGACGCACAUUAUUCAAAAGCGACAUGGCAGUGUUUGUCGCUGGACUCAUCGGGGUGAUCGUAUUUUACAUCAUUAUCCUGGUCAUCGGGCUGAUUGCUGGACGAAAGAAAUCCACGAGUUCGGACUCACAAUUUCUGGCAGACAGGGAUCUUGGACUCUUCGUCAGCAGCUUCACCCUGUCUGCAACAAUGGUGGGCGGUGCUUACAUCAGCGGCACAGCCUCAGAAAUCGCUACCAGAGGAUUGGUCAACACUGUGGCGCCUAUUGCAUACAAUGUCGGACUGGCAAUUGCUGGAGUAUUUUUUGCGCCAAAGGUUCGACGGGGAGAUUACACCACCAUCUUUGAUCUAUUUCAGAUGAAAUUUGGCAAAAAGAUGGGAGCCGUUCUUUUCUGUAAUGAACUACUGGCAAAUAUUUUCUGGGAGGCUGCUAUACUUGGGGCCUUAGGUGACGAAAAUAUUACAUUUGAAGGGGCCUCUCUGAAGUCAGUGAUUGGUUUGGACAUGAACGUGGCUGUGAUAUCGUCUGCUUGUGUGGCUAUUGUGUACACCUUCUUUGGUGGACUAUAUUCUGUCGCAUACACGGAUGUCAUUCAACUCAUUUUCAUUGGUGCUGGUUUGUGCAUUGCUUUGCCGUUCACAUUCAUGAACGAAGCCGUAGAUCUGUCCAGAAUAGAAGGGAAAUGGCUGGGAACUGUGCCCACAGCACAUAUUGGAAAUUACAUAGACACAUUUGCUGUGGUAAUGUUUGGUGGGAUUCCUUGGCAGUCAUAUUACCAACGAGUAUUGGCCUGCAAGUCUCCAAGUAUGGCUCGGACGGCUACCUUAAUCUCGGUCAUUUACUCCAUGCUUUUGUUUGUUCCACCUGCUCUCCUUGGACUUGCUGGGGCUUCAGCAGAUUGGAAUGCCACUUCUUAUGAGGGCAGCCUUCCUCUGAGUGAGACGGACCUGGAGUCAAUACUUCCAAUGGUACUACAAUAUCUUUGCCCUACAGCGGUAUCAGUUAUUGCCCUUGGAGCUCUAAGCGCGGCUGUUAUGUCCUCUGCGGAUUCGAUCAUUCUGGCCGUUGGCAGCGUGGUCGCAAGAAAUAUUUAUCAAAAUAUACUGAGACCUAAUGCAUCAGAUAGAGAGGUCGUCUGGGUCUUUCGUGUAAGUGUCAUCAUCGUUGGAAUUCUUGGAACAGUUAUUGCCCUGACAGUAAAGAGCGUAUAUGGAUUACUAGUACUGUGUGGCGACCUCAUGGCCGUAUUGCAAUUCCCCCAACUGAUUUGUGCCCUGUGGCUAAAAGUUGGGAACACAUACGGAAGUCUUGUGGGAUUGAUCGUUGGUCUGUUACUGAGAGUUCUUGGCGGAGACCAAGUUCUUCAUAUUGACGCCAUAAUCCAAUAUCCAUUUUAUGACUCAACACACAAUCAGCAAAUAUUUCCUUUCAAAGUUUUUGCUAUGCUCUGUUCUUUGGCAGCAAUCAUUGUGGCGUCCUACAUUUCUUACUAUGUUUUUACACGAAAUUAUCUUUCAAAGAAGUUUGACAUUUUCCAUUGCUUUCCAACAGAGGAAAGGGAAAUAGAUACUGAAAAUGAAAAUGAAAUGAUGUUGCAUAAAAACCCGAACAAAAACAGCAACCUUGAUUCAAACGAUGAGAACAAAGAUGAAAAAACACACAUCAAACUGGAGAAUGAUUACCGUUUGUAAAGAAUAUACAUAUGGAAAAGUAAACUCAUGUUGAUUACAAUACCUAAUGUGUUAUUUCAAAUGUCUUCCACGCGAAACAGGUAAUAUUCUUACUACUUCCGCGACACCAUCAUAAAACCAACAUGUGACGUGCAGGUUGUCGACAGUGAAAUAAUAAAAUUCCUCUUCCUCUCGGUUUCUAAUGUGAAUCGGUCGCGGAUCUUCGCUAAGAAUCGACGUAAUGGUCUUCAAAGUUUCCGCGGGAGAUCGGAGGAAUUUCAACAAAAAAUUUGGAUCUUUCGCAUUCUUUGAAAACAUAUUCAAUUGUCUUGUAGCUCUGUGUGUGAACAUAACAUUUAGUUUUGGAGUAGAUGGUUGAACUAUCCACGCAGGCACUCGAACAUAUUUAGCCGAGUAAUUUUCAGAUUCUUCACAUAAACAGUUUUCAAUACAACUUUCUCGAUGAAGCAUUCUGUUUCUGCGAUUUUCCAAAUUCAAAUCCCCUUCAUUUUCACAAGCAUUUUCAUGAAAACUACUGCUGUUUGACCAUGAUUGCCUACUUUCUACUUGUUCCGUUUCUGAACUGUCAGGUAAAGAUUGUGGAGUAUCAUACUCGGGUAUGUAAGGCUUUAUGUCGAGAAUAGGGGUUCCAUCUAGGAGAUCAAUCCCACUCAGAUAAAGAGAGCUGUCUGCAAUAUGAAACCAUGUACAUGAUAAAAUAAAUAAAAGUACAAAUUGA